UCUGCUUCCCUCUGGAGUACAGGUGAAUCCCUAACCUGUAACACGUGCAGAGUGGCGAUCGCAGGGAAAUGUCUGUUCAGCUCCACUGAGACCUGCAAUGCCUCUCAGCCUAACUGCUACUGGGGAAAACUGGCCUUCAACAUUAGUAGUCUGAUGAGCCUGGAGACCCGAGGCUGCCUGGUCUCAUCACUCUGCAACAAAACUGAAACGGGAGCCCUCCUGACUGCAGGUUACACCAUCACCAAGACUUGCUGCAGCACUCACCGCUGUAAUGGAGCCACAUCAAUACAGCACCCUCUCGUGGCUGCUUUGGGCACCGCCCUAAUGGCAAUGUAGAGCAUCUGAGGCCUUUAAAACUAACAAAAAAGAUCCUCUUCAUGACUGGGUGAGGUCUUUGUAUGCAAGCAUGAAAUACAAGCUAUCUUUGCCACACAUGAUUAACCUUGAACACACACUGUCAUAUUGUAACAAUCCUGUUAUUAUAGCAUCUAUGCCUGAAGAUAAUAUAGACACAGUAUAAAAUCUCAAUGUAAUAAC